ACAAUAAACUCGUUACGUUAGUGUCAGGUAACGUUGAAUUGAAAAUGCAGGGGAAAUGACUUGCUAACACUGCCGGUCGGGCUGGCUACAUUUUAGCUAGUUAGCUAACAUUAGCACGAGGGCAGUCCUCACUCCUGGCGUUGUCCUGGAAAUAUUUUGUCGUGUUUUUUUUGUUUUUCAGUGCUCUAUUUAUUAUUGCGAUGUGUGGGUUGAUAUGCUCAUAUUUUAAGUUCAAUAGGGUAGUGAGGGAACAAGUAAGCUAAUAUUAGCUGCUAGGUUAAAUAGCACCACAUAGCUAACGGUAGGUUGCUUCGCAAGAUCCAAGCUAUGACAUGUAGGAACUUAUUUAGCCGACUAUGUUAGCAUUCCUGGAAACAGUUUGGCUAACCUUAGGCCAUAACAUUGUUGCAUUUUCCGACUCGUAUACCUGACUGUGUGGUUAACAUUACAUCGUAGGACUAUGGCGCCCCGUUUACAGCUGGAGAAAGCGGCUUGGCGUUGGGUGGAAACGGUGAAACCAGAAGAAAUAAGACAGGAGCAUAUCGAGCUAGCAUAUCGCGUCAAUCUUCCGGCCUGCAAGAGAGGAACCUGCAGGAGGAACUGCAAAGGGAAUCCCAACUGUCUUGUGGGUAUUGGUGAACAGGCUUGGCUUGGGGAUAUUGAUGAAAAUGCUUUCCACAAUAUUGAUGACCCAAAUUCAGAGCGUCGCGACAAGAACACAUUUGUUGGCUUGACCAACCUGGGUGCAACAUGUUACGUCAACACAUUCCUGCAAGUGUGGUUCCACAACCUGGAGCUGCGUAGGAGCCUCUAUCAGUGCCACAAUUCCAGAGCAGAGGAACACAAUACUGAGUCUGAUUACAAGCCUCAGUCCAUCUGUGAGCACCUGCAGUAUCUGUUCACACUGAUGCAGAACAGCAACAGAAAAUACAUCGACCCCUCAGGGCUGGUCAAAGCACUGGACCUGGACACAGGACAGCAGCAGGAUGCCCAGGAGUUUUCAAAGCUCUUCUUGUCUCUAUUGGAGGACACGCUGUCCGAGCAGAAGAACCCCGACCUGCAGAAUGUCAUCCAGCGGCAGUUCUGUGGACAGUUCUCCUACGUUACAGUCUGUAACGAGUGUGGACGAUCAUCUGCACUGCCGUCCCGAUUCUACGAGCUAGAGCUGAACAUCCAGGGCAACAAGAACCUCACUGAGUGUGUCACAGAGUUCCUGAAGGAGGAGAAGUUGGAUGGGGAGAACCGCUACUUCUGUGAGAGCUGUCAGACUAAACAGAGCGCAACCCGCAGGAUCAGACUGCACAGCAUUCCUCCAACCCUCAACCUGCAGCUCAUGCGCUUUGUCUUCGAUAGGUCAGCCAUUGUAGUACAGGAUAAGAAGUACAUUCAAUUUUGAAUAUACAGUGGGUACGGAAAGUAUUCAG